AUGUCCUCUUCUUCCUCUUCACGUGGUCCAAAGAGUUUGUUGCGUUGUUUCUUUAGUCGUCAUCAUCAUGGUGCAUCAACUCAUUCAACUUACGCAACUGGAGCAGCUGCACAGCAGUCACAAGCUCGACGCAUCCGUCUUUUCAACUGGUGGAGUCUAUCGGAGCUCUAUGCGCUACGAGAACUCGUCAACCUCGCGAUAAACAAGACAACCAUUGACUCGGACGUACACGUUGAUCUUCGAGCUUUUCAACGCACCGUUCGCGGCAAAGAACAAACACGUAUUGGCACCAGUAGCUCUGCACGUUCCAGCUCAUCUGCUACGUUAACGACACUGCCGUCGGCUUCCAGUUCUAGGGCCUUGGAGUGUCAACAGAAACGACAGACGCUACUGAACUCGGCUCUAGGGUGUAGCAAGCGGAUUUACUUUAGUCGGCGUGCCGAUUUGAGGCUCCGACUCAAGACAAGACGGCAGUUUGUGCGGCUUUUCCCGUUUUUGAGACGAGCGUCUCGAGCGGCACAAUGCACGCUCUUUGAGGCUUUUGAUGCUAAUAACACGCGCAAGAUUGAAUUUGAAGAGUUGUGUGAGAUGCUGGCUCGAGUGAAGAUGGCAAGAUGCUCCUCGGUGCAAGAGAUGGCAGAGCUGGUGUUCCAUUGGUUCCGAAGAGAUCGGAGUGAACCAGUGCUCACUCGUGCUGACGUGAAACUACUUGCUGUGACGGUUAUGGAGCUUGGUUGUGAUACUAAACAACAGACAGCACAAAAGUAUGAUCUAGUGACGUCGCUGACUAAGUUGGUGCUGGAUGAAGGACAAAGUCAAGUGACAAAACAGACUUUUUGCCAGGGAAUGAACUGCAGAUUGGGUGCGUAUGUGCUGCAUAUGCUACUAGCACCUUUUGACGUGGUGAAAGCUUUGCUCAAUGAGGAGUCAAUUCUGCAGGAGGUGGAUAAAGUACAGUGGAAGGAAGGUGAUACGGCGUUUGUGGUGUCAAGUAGCUGGUGGACAAAGUGGCGAAGAUAUGUUCAGCCUAAUCACAGUCAUGAUUCUUUACUGUUUAAUGAGGCACGUGGAAGCAAUGAUAAUCAGUGUGAGCAGGAAAGUGGAGAUCUACCGAUGCAGGAAUGGAAUUCGCAGCAGCAACAGAUUCCGUUUGCGAUGUGCCAUCCUCGUCCUGGACCGAUUGCAAAUAGCGAUAUUUCUGCAAACGAGCAGCUAGGAACAUUACGACGCGGUCUUGCAGAGGGACAAGACUUUGUACUUGUGUCCUGUGCUGUCUGGAAGCGACUUCUGCAAGCAUACGGGGGAGGUCCCGAAUUUCCACGGCAAGUCAUCGAGGUAUGUUCGCCUGACGAGCAACAAGAGAUGCCUCCAAGAGAGAAAGACGCGAAACGUAACGAUGGCACCUCAAUAUCAGAGCCUAAAGGAAGUCAACAGCGGCAACAAGUCCAUGUGGAAUUGUAUCCCGUGGCGUUACAGGUUCGUCUGGUACGACAUGAUCCACGGCAUGUGUAUCUGGUGUACGCUCGGCGGUUUCUAUUACACCGUGCUUCCACCUUGAUGGAGAUUGUACAUCGGAUGGGCAUCUUGCCAGGCAUAAAUGCAAGAGAAGUAACGCUGUGGCUACGUCGACACCGUCUUCAAGCAUGGGUGCGACUUGAAUGUAGCCUUGGAGCUCCGCAUGCCAGCUUAGAAGGGUUGAACAUUACGAGUGCUCAGGAACUACUCGUGUACUUUCGAGCAUCAAGCAUUGACGACGACCCACAUUGUGUUGCACAUCAACAUCGAAGAAGCAGCUUAGCAACAGUUCUUCCCCGAACGCUUUUGAACGUUGCCAUGCUACAACCCGUAGGGAACGAUUUUAUCUGCUGUCCAAGUGUAAGUCUUGCUAAGUUUGCUCAAAAUGGCGACUGGAAGCUUCUUCGCGAGAGUAUGGCUGCCGAACAAGAGGCUGCUGCCACCGCAUCGCCAGUAUCCGCGCACUUAGGUUCUGGUGGUGUACUUGCUGGGCUUACCAAACAAAUGAAAGCAGCAACGAGAACGUCUCGUGGGAGGCUGGUGGAACAUGUCGGUCUUCGAGCCACGGGGCUCGUUAAUAUGGGGAAUACCUGCUUCAUGAACAGCGCUCUCCAAUGCUUCUUUCACUCGCCAGUGUUUCGCGAGUACUUUUUGUCAAAUCGAUUUGAAUCCGAGGUAAACAAGAAGAAUCGUCUUGGUAGUCGAGGGGCCAUUGCUGCAGCGUAUGCACAACUUCAAAGUGCUAUUUGGCGUGAGCGUGACCAAGGUUACCUGCUCCCUGGUCGAUUUCGAGACGAGUUCACACGAGUUUGUAGUCACUUUGAGGAGACGCGCCAGUAUGAUGCGCAUGAAUUUAUGGUCGCGCUUCUUGACUGUCUGCACGAGGACCUGAACCAAGGCUACCGAACGAUUGCAGCAUCUACUGAUGACAUCAUCCAAGAAACAAGCUCAAAAUGUCUGGGAUUUGGUAGUUUCAUUGGUGAGGACAACCAGGAAAGUUAUGAUGAAAUUUCUCAAUCUCACCUUGAGACAGCAGGAAUACCUUCCGAUGAAGUUCAGGGUGAUGCAGCUUGGCAUGAUUACAAUAGUGUGAACUCUUCCAUCGUGGUGGAUCUUUUUCAUGGCCAAAUGCGUAGCGAAACCGUUUGUGGUACGUGUGGCGAACGCAAGUGCACGUUUGAUCCGAAUCUGUUCUUCAGUCUUCCUAUUCCAGAAUCGAGUUUUGUACGUGUAGAAGUAAGCGUGCUGUUACAAGCGCAGAAAUUACCAGGUGAUGACAAUGGCAAUGACGAUAAUGAUUCAGGAACGGCACUGCAAACCAAGCAGCGUGGCUAUUGGCUUCGUCGAGGCAGUACCGUAGGUGCAUUAUGCGAUCGUAUUGCUACAGCGCACGUACGCGCUAGUGGGAACCGAUUUUUGCUUGUGGAAGUAUGUCGAAACCGCAUUAAGAGAAUUGUUGAGCAAGACGAGCUUGUCGACAAAUUAGCAACCGUUGCUCCUGAAUCGCUUGCUGCUUACGAACGUGCUUGGACUCUUGCAGAUAUACCCAUUGUCCCUGCGACAAUAGCCGAGUACUUUAACGCGUGUACAACCGAUGUCGCUGAUUCUGAUGAGAAGGAACGUGCUGAUGAGAGAACCAGAAGCUUUUUUGAUCUUCGAGUGGGCUCGCGUGUUGAUGUAAAAGACAAUUACAAUAGCUGGCGCUCAGGCACGGUGAUCGAAGUAGCUGGAAGCAGUGACUCUGAAAAGAACAAUGUUCGUGGAAAGCACCAUCAACGUGUUUGCGUUCAUUUCGAUGCUUUCAGUAGCAAGUGGGACAAGUGGUUUAACCCCUACGACUGGCGGUCAAGGCGACUUCAGCCUUUGCAUGCUCAGACUUCCAAAACGACAGAAGUAUUUGAGGUGCAAGUCGUGCACCGGUUUGUAUCUCGUCCCUCGUUGUCUGAGGCAGGACAGACAAGUGGCAGGCAUCAUUCAUUUACAGAAGAGCUUAGCACGCAUGAGCAACCAUUCUUGAACGUGUUUGGCACUCCACUGUUUGUGACUAUCGCAUCUGAUAAAACCGGACAAGACAUGCAUCAGGCACUUUUCCUGCAGACAGCUCGCUUCUGGCGUAGCUUUGAUAUCGAUCGCAAGCGUGUCGGGAACAAUCAAGACAAUGGCGUUGAACAACCGACGCUACCGUAUAAAGUCCGCGUUGUGAAUCUGGAGAAGUUGACUAGUGAUCGUGGCGAGCUGCUACCCAUUGAUCAUAGUGCGUUGCUCCAACAUUUUUCGACGCGUAGUGUUCUUGCGCUAGAUUGGACUGAUUACCAUGAGUAUACAAGUCGUGAAGUGCGUGUACCCGAUGACGCGCCAGAAGGAGUGAUUGAGGCUGCUAAAAUGGAUCCAAGCUUGCGCGAUGAUGGAAAUACAAUUCCCGAACGAGAAAUGGAGAAUGUACAAGGAACUGAACCAGCAACGGACGACGAUAGUCCACCGAGAUAUGCUGUCCCGCUGACCAAGUGUAUGGAUGCAUUGAUGUGCGAGGAAGCCAUCUUGCUCGAUGACCAUUGGGUCUGCGAACAGUGCGGCGUUCCUCGAGAAGGCAAACGGUUGUCUGCCAUUUGGCGGCUUCCUGAUCUAGUGAUGGUUCAGCUGAAGCGAUUUCAGUACCUUGAAAACCAACACAAGCAGAAGGUGCGAGCACUUGUUGAUUUCCCAUUAAAGGGUCUGGACUUUUCAAAAUGGAUGGGUUACCAGGAUGAAGCAGAUUCGUCACUUUAUGACUUGUACGCCGUAGUGAAUCACGUUGGUGGACUGACACGGGGUCAUUACACAGCUUAUUGUCGCUACGAUGCCGACUUUCCCGAAAGUUCAGCACUUUUCAAAGAAAGUGAAGAACACGGAGAUGUCCAGUGUUCCGAUCUGUGGUUUUGUUUCGAUGAUGAAAAGGUCUCGGAGAUUGCAGCAGGUGACGUGGUGACGGAUGCUGCUUACGUAUUGUUUUAUAAGCGCCGAAAACUCUCUGCUCACAAUGUCCUUCGACACGCGCUCUAG